CGCCCUGCAUUUUCUAGCCAGCCACUCACAUCCUGAGAAGGAAAAGGAAAAAGAAGGGCUGGAAAAGCCAAGAUUGAAAACAGAUAUAGAGCUUGGACCCUCAAAGAAAGGCAGCAGCCGUUCACUUUUCUCGCUCUUUAUCGGAAUGAAAUAAUAUUGACUUUCAAGGCAAUAAUAGACUUCCGCCAGUGGAUAAGAUAUUUAUUUUGUAUUGAUUUGUUUGUCCUUUUGUGGUAAGAACGGACAUAGCAAUUCUAGCCAGAAUGCUGUCCUGUUCAAGGAGGAGGAACUGUUUACCCUAAUGGCUUCAAGAGAAUUGUUGUGUAUUGUUUACUUCCCAUACACCCACGCUCCUAAAGCAUGCGCCAGACUGAAGGUUUCCACCCAUAUAUCCCCGCAAAUUGAAGGAGCUCACUCAACAUCAAAAUCAAGGACUUCUCUCCAACUCAGAAAGGAUACGGGAUAUCUUACUAGUCAACAGACAAGACGGGGUGGUGAAAAAUGUGGAGAGGAACUCUCCCAAGAGUGUUAUCAAUUCACACUGGCACUAUGGAGUUGGGCUUGGCAAAGUCUCUGCCUUUGGUGGCCAUCUUUGCAGUGCUGCUGCAGUUUUGUCCAGAGGGCUUCAGUCUGGAGCUCAGCCCCAGUGAGAAGGAGGUCACACUGAGCACCAACUCCUCCUUCACGGUGGUCUGUUCUGGUUGGAGCAAGGUGACCUGGAAGUCUCCCCACGACCCCAGCCUGGAGGGAGUGGCUGUGGAGGACAGGGGAACAACCAGUGUGCUGGUCCUCCACAACGUCACCUGGAGGCACUCUGGGAACUAUAUCUGUGAAGAGCCCUCUACAGAGGAGGCCAAGGACAUAUCGGUGUUUGUACCAGACCCGGAGGAAUGGUUUCUUCCCCUGCGCCAAGCAGUAGUGAUGAAGGAGGGAGAGGAAGGUACCAUUCCCUGCGUGGUGACUGACCCUGGCAUUGACGUGACCCUGUACGAGAGGGACAGCAAGGCCCCCGUGGAGGGAACAUACCACCCCAGUAAAGGGUUCACCGCCAUCCUGAAAGAUAGCUCCUACAUCUGCCGAGGUGCCAUGAACGGAGAGGAGAAGGCGUCCCAGGUGUAUUAUGUCUACAGCAUUGUGGUCCCCAAAUCUAUGAACGCCUUCAUGACACUCUCAAAGACUGUGCUGAAACAAGGCGAGGCUUUAAUGGUCAAUUGUACUGUAGAAGAAGCAGAGAUGGUUUACUUCGAAUGGGAUUUUCCUCGCAAAGAGACAAUUGAGCCACUGACAGACUUUCUAUCGGAGAUUAGAAUCCGCUCCUUCUUGAACAUCUCCAGUGUUACUCUGGAGGACUCUGGCCAGUACAUCUGUCGAGUGCAGGACUCUUUCGCCGGAAAGUCAGCCAUGGAUAAUCUCACUGUCACUGUUCUGGAACGGGGCUUUGUGGAUCUGGAACCCUCCAUCGACGCCAAUGUUUCAGCGCUCCAGUAUCAGAGUGUUGAGCUCACAGUGCAGAUUGAAGCGUAUCCCAAACCUCAGGUGCUCUGGACCAGAGACAACACCACCCUUACUGGGGAAACUGUAUCCAUGGACACCAGACAGGUGCACGAGACCAGUUACCUCAGUACUCUGACCUUGGUAAGGGUCAGGAUGGAACAGAGGGGCCUCUACACUGUCCGGGUGGCCAAUGAAGAUGACGUCAAGGAGAUAACCUUUGAUCUUCAAGUCACGUCUUCCCCGAAGAUAAUAGAUUUGUCUGACCAGCAUAUGGACCAGGGCCACGGUGUGCUCUGUGUCACAGAGGGGGUCCCCACACCCACCAUUCACUGGUACAGCUGUGAAAGCAUUGGAAAAUGCAGUAAUAAGACCACAGCAUGGAAGUCUCUGUCGGCUGACCAGGAGAACGUCAGCAUCCAGAUGAACGUGAGCUACAUCGAGGCCUCAGGGGUCAACCACGUCCGCAGCCUUUUGACCUUCCAGACCAUGGGGGGUAUCACAUCAGUACGCUGUGAAGCCCGCAAUGAGAGAGGGCGCAGGGCCUGGGACAUCAAACUGGUCUCGAACUCUCUUUUCUCCCAGGUGGCUGUCUUGGCUGCAGUGUUAGCCCUGGUGGUCAUUGCCGUCAUCUUCCUCGUCAUCCUCAUCGCCCUUUGGAGAAAGAAGCCCCGGUAUGAGAUCCGUUGGAAGGUGAUCGAGUCAGUCAGCUCAGAUGGCCAUAAGUACACCUACAUGGACCCCAUGCACCUGCCAUAUGACUGUGUAUGGGAGGUGCCCCGGGACAGCCUGGUCCUGGGUCACACUCUGGGUUCUGGAGCAUUUGGGAGGGUCGUGGAGGCCACAGCCUAUGGCCUUGGUCACGCUCAGUCCACCACCAAAGUGGCUGUGAAGAUGCUCAAGUCCACAGCAAGGACAAGUGAGACUCAGGCUCUGAUAUCUGAGCUGAAGAUAAUGAGUCACCUUGGGCCCCAUCUAAACAUCGUCAACCUACUGGGGGCUUGUACGAAACGAGGUCCUAUCUACCUCAUAACUGAGUACUGUUGCUAUGGUGACCUGGUUGACUACCUUCACCGCAACAAGCACAACUUCCUGCAGUACUACGCAGACAAAAACCGCAGGGAUGCUGAUAUGUGCAGGAACAGCACAGAGAGUCCAGUCCAAAUCCAAGGAAAAAGUGAGAGUGAUGGGGGUUACAUGGACAUGACCAAGGAAGAUUCUUUAAAUUAUGUCCCAAUGCAAGAGCUGAGUGACAAGAUCAAGUAUACAGACAUCGAGCCUUCAGUCAAUGAGACACCCUACCACCAGGACAACAACUACCAAGGACAAGGCCAAGAGAGAGCAGACGUCGCGUUGUCUAUCAGUGACUCCCCAAUUCUGAGCUACACAGAUCUGGUGGGCUUUAGCUACCAAGUGGCUAACGGCAUGGACUUUCUGGCAUCCAAGAAUUGUGUUCAUCGUGACCUGGCUGCCAGAAACGUUCUCAUCUGCGAGGGAAAGCUGGUGAAGAUCUGUGACUUUGGCCUGGCCCGUGACGUCAUGAACGACUCCAACUACAUAGCCAAAGGCAACACAUUCCUGCCACUGAAGUGGAUGGCUCCAGAGAGUAUCUUCCAGAACCUCUACACAACCUUGAGCGAUGUUUGGUCUUUUGGCAUUCUGCUUUCAGAGAUCUUUACUCUAGGAGGAACGCCCUAUCCUGACAUUCCCAUGAAUGAACAGUUCUACACUGCCUUGAAGAGAGGCUACAGGAUGCCUAAGCCCGCUCAUGCUACAGACGAGAUCUAUGACGUCAUGUGCAAGUGUUGGGAUGAGCAAUUCAAGAAGAGGCCACUGUUCUCCUCUCUGGUUAAUUUGAUGGGAAACCUGCUGACUGAUGCUUACAAAAAGAAAUACACCCAGGUGAAUGAGAGCUUUCUGAAGGGCGACCACCACGCUGCAAUCAGGUCCAAACCCAUACCAGCAGGGAACCCAGCUGUGUCUUCAGGUGACCACUCCUCAGGGGAUCGAGCGGGUCAGGAGACAGGGGAGAUAGAGGAGACUGGGAAGGAGGCUGGCCCCUCCCAGACUGACUACAUAAUCGCCAUCCCAGAUAUCCAUGUAGCCGAAGAGGCAGAAGCAGGUGGUGAGGUGCUGGACACCGCCACACAGAGUACAUCAAGUCCUCCAAGCACAACCGACCAGACUGAUACGGAUACAGCCUCCCUGGAUGGACCAGAAGCAUCCCUAGAAGAACCAGUACCCACAGAGGAAGAGGUGCCUCCCCCCACGCAAGAAGACAAGCUCCCCCAGUCUCCAUGUACCCCUGAAGUGGAGGAGAGUUUCCUGUAGCCCCUCAGAGAGCUGACGUUAGAGGUGUCUACUGUAUAGGGCAAUGUUGUACAUGACCAAUGUGUGUUGUUAGUUAAACACUAAUGUUGUAGGCCCUUUUAGGAAACAUUAUAUCGUUAUUAUUUUUGUAUAUUGGUAAUAUACUGUAUAUCUUUCAGGUACUUUUUCCCUUUUAAUGCUACGAUUCACAAAACAAACAUCAGCAGUUUGACAAAUGGAAAUGGUAAUAUUAUAUGCAAAUGUAAUCAAAUUGAAGUUGUCAAACUGUAAAGAAAAGUAUAUUUGGCAAGGGAAUACAUUUAAUUUCAAUCAUUAAAAAAAUUAGCAUUUAAAGAGAAUGUAAGCUUGAAGUAAUGCACCUCAUAUUUGCACUUCUCAUUCUCAAUUUUAGACAAAAUUAUGUUUUGAAAAAGCGAUUAAAUAAAUGUAAGCAUACAUUUUGGGACUUUUAAAUGAAUGAUAUAUACCCAUUGAUUCUUGAAGAAUAUAACGUAUAAAUGCCUGCUUAGCUCAACUGUCAUGCCCCAUCAGAACCCAAAAUAUAAGCUUGCUGAACUCCACUGUUUGUAAACAAUGUGAUUGUCAACAAACACUGCCUCGAAACAUGGGCCUAAAUUCAAUCAGAUCAAGCAUUAACCGGCGAUUGCAGACAGCUGCAUAGGAUGCUUUGGCGGUGUUGGAGGUGGAACUGCGUUGGAGCGGUCAAAUCAGUCAGCAGCUGCUCUUGCGAUCAUUGUAACGAAGCAACACACGCCCCACUCGCGUUAGAAGUGGAGGCUAUCUAGAACCUAAAAGGGUUAUUUGGCUGUUCCCAUAGGAGAACCCUUUGAACAACCCUUUUUGUUGUCAGGUAGAACCCUUUUUUUGUCAUUCAUAUUCCAUUCACCCAGUUCAACGUAACAUCGAUAAGUUCAGGCUACUACACGAUACUCUAAUUUUCCCCAUACCCAUCAUGAGUAUGCUAAAAACCUAGCCUAUGAAUGAGUUUAAAACAUAGGCGCACAGGUCGAGAGGAAUUUGAGUAAUCAAGGUGACAGACAUUGACACAUUCAAUACCGCCUUGCACAAUCUUGCCUGCAUCUAGCUGAUCUAGGGUGUAAUCAUUAGUCCAACAGUUGCAAACGAGAGUUUCUAUUGGACCAAUUCAGUUAUGUUUAUCCCCGUUUAAGCUUUUUGUUUUUCAACAGAAAGGGCGCAAUGAAUACACCCCUGAUCACACUCAAACAGUUCAAUUUCAUAGCAGCCACAUACAAACAGCAUGAUCACUUUGAUUGUCGUAGAAUUCCUGCUUGCAUCUACUCCUCUCACCUUUUCCCUUCGCUUGUGGACUUCAGUGCACAACAUAAUAGCUGUCUGUGACCAGGCGGGAAAAAUGCUACACACAGCCUACAUCUUUGUCACCAUAUUAUCUAACGUCAAGUCAACAGAGCUACUAGAACUAAUGCGUUAAUAAGCCCACUACAUGGCCGUACAGUGUACAGUUAGCAAGCAGUUUAGCAGUUACAUUGGCGGGCCCCGGUGGCAAUAAAUUCAUCAAACCAAAUGCUUAACUUGACUUGGAAGAGAUCCACUGUUGGAUAGCCAUAGUCAGCUAGGUAACAUAGCAUCCAUCUCUGUUUGAGCCGGGUGUUUGAGUAGGCUAAACUAGCUAGCUGCAUUCCCUAGCUAAGAAAGUGAAAGUGAAAAAAAUACAAAAUAUAGCUCUCCCUCUCUUUGAUCUUCAUUUUGAAGAAAUGUAUUUGUUCAAAACUGUUCAACUACUGUCUUUCUCGCUCUUUGAGUUAACUACUCACAUUUUAUGCACUGCAGUGCUAGCUAGCUGUAGCUUAUGCUUUCAGUACUAGAUUCAUUCUCUGAUCCUUUGAUUGGGUGGACAACAUGUCAGUUCAUGCUGCAAGAGCUCUGAUUGGUUAGAGGACAUCCUCCGGAAGUUGUCAUAAUUACUGUGUAAGUCUAUGGAAGGGGGUGAGAACCAUGAGCCUCCUAGGUUUUGUAUUGAAGUCAAUGUACCCAGAGGAGAAUGGACACUAGCUGUCCUCCGGCUACACCCCCAUGGUGUUAACCUACAGAGUGCUGUUGAGGCUACUGUAGACGUUGAUUGCAAAACAGUGUGUUUUAAACAAUUGUUUGGUGACGUGAAUAUAUUUAGUAUAGUUUUAUCUAAAAAGGAUAACUUUCUUAAUGUUUCACCAAAAAAUUAUAUUCUGAAAUUCCCUGAGGAUGGUCCUCUGAGGACCCUCCACUGCUUUCUACAGAGGGUUCUACAUGAAGCCCAAUAGAGUUCUACCAGGAACCAAAAAAGGUUCUACCUGGAACCGAAAAAGGGUUCUCCUAUGGGCACAGCUGGAAAAACGCCAUAUGCAGCAACGCUCCCCAAUAAUGCCAAAACGCUUUUUUUCUGAGAAUAUAUAGAAAUCAUUUAGCCCAAAUUGAAAAAUCAUUCAAUGAAAUAGAGGAUUCAAUUAUGCUAAUUGAGGUGUAAAUUACAUCUCAAAUUCCAGUGUUCAAACUUGUAAACAAUGCUGCAUGGGUGUUCUCUUAAUGUGACUCUGUGCAGCCAAUGGCAAUGUCCGCCUUAAGUAUAAUGCCAGGAGCCGCUUGUGGAUUUGACAGCUCUAAAGCGUCCACAUAUACAGUGCCUUCAGAAAGUAUUCAAACCCGUUGACUUUUUCCAUAUUUUGUUAUGUUACAGCCUUCCACAAUGGAUUAAUUAAAUAAAAAUCUGCAGCAAUCUACACACACAUCCCCCAUAACGACAAAACAAAAACAGGUUUUUAGAAUUGUUUUGCACAUUUAUUAACAAAAAACCUGAAAUACCUUAUUUACAUAAGUAUUCAGACCCUAUGAAAGACGAAAUUGAGCUAAGGUGCAUUCUGUUUCCAUUGAUCAUUCUUGAGAUGUUUCUACAACUUGAUUGGAGUCCACCUGUGGUCAAUUCAAUUGAUUGGACAUGAUUUGGAAAGACACACACCUGUCUAUAUAAGGCCCCACAGUUGACAGUGCAUGUCAGAGCAAAAACUAAGCCACGAGGUCGAAAGAAUUGUCCGUAGAGCUUAGAGAGGAUUGUGUUGAGGCACAGAUCUGGGGAAGGGUACCAACACAUUUCUGCAGUAUUGAAGGUCCCAAAGAACACAGUGGCCUCCAUCAUUCUGAAAUGGAAGACAUUUGGAACCACCAAGACACUUCCCAGAGCUGGCGGCCCGGCCAAACUGAGCAAUCGAGGGAGAAGGACCUUGGCAGGGAGGUGACCAGGAACCCAAUGGUCACUCUUACAGAGCUCUAGAGUUCCUCUGUGGAGAUGGGAGAACCUUCCAGAAAUACAACCAUCUCUGCAGCACUCCACCAAUCAGGCCUUAUAUGGUAGUGGCCAGACGGAAGCCACUCCUCAGUAAAAGGCACAUGACAUUCCUUUACUCAGUACUUUGUCGAAGCACCUUUGGCUGCGAUUACAACCUCGAGUCUUCUUGGGUAUGACGCUACAAGCUUUGCACAGCUGUAUUUGGGGCGGUUCUCCAAAUCUUCUCUGCAGAUCCUCUCAAGCUCUGUCAGGUUCGAUGGGGAGCGUCGCUGCACAGCUAUUUUUAGGUCUCUCCGGAGAUGUUCGAUCGGGUUCAAGUCCGGGCUCUGUCUGGGCCACUCAAGGACAUUCAGAAACUUGUCCCGAAGCCACUCCUGUGUUGUCUUGGCUGUGGUUCUCCCAUAUCCACAGAGGAACUCUAGAGCUCUGUCAGAGUGACCAUCGGGUUCUUGGUCACCUCCCUGAUGAAGACCUUUCUCCCUCGAUUGCUCAGUUUGGCUGGGCGGCCAACUCUAGGAAGAGUCUUGGUGGUUCCAAACUUCUUCCAUUUAAGAAUGAUGUAAGCCACUGUGUUCUUUGGGACCUUUUAAUCAGAAUUGUAAUCAAGUUGUAGAAACAUCUCAAGGAUGAUCAAUGGAAACAGGAUGCACCUGAGCUCACUUUCGAGUUUCAUAACAAAGGGUCAGAAUACUUAUGUAAAUAAGGUAUUUCAGUUUUACAUUUUUUAUAAAUUUGGAAACAUUUCUAACAACAUCUUUUUGGUUUGUCAUUAUGUGGUAAUGUGCGUAGAUUGAUGAGGGAAAAACGUUAUUUAAUGCAUUUUAGAAUAAGGCUGUAACGUCACAAAAUGUAGAAAAAGGUCAAGGGGUCUGAAUACUUUCGGAUUGCACUGUAUAUAAGCAAACUGUUUGGACUGGGAAGCAUACGGUAAGCUUAACACAGUUCCACCUCAGACACCGCCAAAGCAGCUGCUAUGUGGAUGUCGGCUAAAGCAGAUAUGAUUAUAUCAAACUAUCAUUUUGAUAUGAUGGAUGGUCAGUCCUUCCGUCCGUAGCCCUGUCUAUGAAUUUGAGAGUGGUUGCAUUUCUCCAGCCCCAUCCCUCAGCUGUUUACCCAAAACAGGGGCAGGAUGCCGGCUUUGUUAUUGUUUGAACUGCAGAUUUCCCCCUUAAGCACUACAUCUCAUUCCUUCCAAGGGUUCUCAUGCGGUCAGGGUUGUUCCAUCAGGUUUCGUCAGCAUAUUAAAGGUACUGAUUGUAAAUGUCUGAAUUAAUUUGUGAUGUUACAUUUUUCAUCAAUAGUAUAUAUUCAUUGUGCCUAAUCUGUUUGCCUGGCUAGAGUAUUGUCUUGUACAAAAUGCUGUUGAAUUUCCAACUAUAUACUAUAUUGAAAGGUUUGUGGCAUGUAUCCUUGAGUGUUAACUCAGACACAUUGAAAGGGCAGUUGAUCAUUUACAUGUCAUUUCUUGAGAUGUACUAAAUGACUUAGUUUUAAUGUUGUUUUAAUGAUUUUUCAUGUUGUUUAAUUUCAAAUGAAGUGCCUUUAUUGUUAACAUUUUUGUCAUAAUCUUUCAAUUUGUACUCUCAGUAUUGUAUCAUUCGUAUACAGUCUGUAAUGUAUGGUACCUUUAUAUCAAAGCAAUGAUAGUAUAUUCUUAUUUAUAAACUGGGUAGGUUCCUGUAUGCUGAUUGGCUGAAAGCCAUGGUAUAUCAGACAAUAUACCACAGAUGAUGCAAAAUGACUUUGAAUUAUUUUUGUAACCAGUUUAUAAUAGCAAUACGGCGCCUCAGGGGUUUGUGGUAUAUGGCCAAUAUACCAGGCUAAGGGGCUAUAUCCAAGUCCUCCGCAUUGUGUUGUGCUUAAUUAAGAACAACCCUUUGCCAUGGUAUAUUGGCCAUAUACCACACCUCCUCGGGUCGUAUUGCUUAAAUAUACACUUUUCAUUACUGUAACCAGGGCUGGCAAAACAUGUAUGUGUUCCCUGUUCUGUUAGGUAUCUGAAUUGUAAAUAAUAGUAAGAUGGAAAGACACACGGCAGAGGGAUGUUUGAAAAAUGUUGUCGAUAUCUAAACAUCUUAGACGGGAAAAAAAGGUGCACAUUUGUAUUUUUAAUGAACUCCAUACAUUAAUUGAGAUGCAUACAUUGCUACACAGCAAAUGCACUGCGAGGGUUUUUUAACGGCAUUUGCUUGCAUAUUUUGAUAUAUCAGUUUAAAUGAAUAAUGGGCAGCCCAUUCUACUGUACAUGCAAUAAAGAUGUUCACUAUUA